GUGUUUUUUAUUCCUACUUGGAGGAAGAGCGAUCGGAGGACAGUGAAGGUAAGGAAAUUUCAGGUUCUCAAUGGCGAAUUUGCCCCAAUCGCUCUCCAUGAAUGCGCCUUUCGGAGCUCCCGGUGCCUCCGCCCAGAACGCCGCUUCUACUCAAGCCAACAAGGAGCGUAAGCUGGCGUCUGCAGAGCACCUUGUUCUUGAACUGAGCAACCCCGAUCUCCGAGAAAAUGCGCUUCUUGAACUCUCCAAGAAAAGAGAAUUAUUUCAAGAUCUUGCCCCGUUACUUUGGAAUUCUUUUGGUACUAUUGCAGCACUUUUGCAGGAAAUAGUUUCAAUAUACCCCGUUCUAUCACCACCAAAUCUUACCCCAGCACAAUCAAACCGAGUGUGCAAUGCUCUUGCUCUUCUUCAAUGUGUAGCUUCUCAUCCAGAGACAAGGAUGCUAUUCCUCAAUGCUCAUAUACCUCUAUAUCUGUAUCCGUUCCUUAAUACAACGAGCAAGUCAAGACCAUUUGAGUAUUUGAGGCUUACCAGUCUUGGUGUCAUUGGUGCCUUGGUGAAGGUUGAUGAUACUGAAGUUAUAAGCUUCCUUCUUUCAACAGAAAUAAUUCCUCUCUGCCUGCGCACAAUGGAAAUGGGCAGCGAAUUGUCAAAAACAGUUGCAACAUUUAUAGUCCAGAAGAUUCUAUUAGACGAUGUUGGGUUGGAUUAUAUAUGUACUACCGCAGAACGGUUUUUUGCAGUGGGUAGGGUUUUGGGAAACAUGGUGCAAGCUCUUGCCGAGCAACCAUCAUCUCGUCUGUUGAAACAUAUAAUUAGAUGUUAUCUCCGCCUGUCAGAUAAUCCAAGGGCCUGUGAUGCAUUAAGAAGUUGUCUUCCAGAUAUGUUAAGAGAUGCUACUUUCAGUAGCUGCCUCCGGGAAGACCCAACAACCAGGAGGUGGCUACAACAGUUGCUUAUUAAUGUUGGAGUUAAUCGUGUUCCUGGUGGGCUGCAAGCUGGUGGUGGUUUCGAACAUAUGAUGGUGUCAUAAUUACAAGGUUUUCUCAGUCUUAAUUAUAGGGUUUUUGGGCGUUUUGCCCUUAUUUUUCACCCAAAAACACUACAAGUUUUUUUUCUCUUCGUUGCUGGGCUUUUUGUCUGCUUGGUCCAGCAUUUAGCAGUCAUCUUUUUCUUUCUAUCACAUGCUUUUGAUUUCAGAUGAAUUAGUUGUAAUUAUUGUUAACUUGUGCCCAAAUGAUGUAAGAUGAUGUUUUAUGUAUCUAAUUAUAUGGUUCUUUGAUCCAA